AUGCUGAAAGCGGCACUAGCAGGCAAGGGGGGCUCCGUGCCCCCGCAGGAGGGAAAGCUGGAUGCAAGCUCGUUCCCCUGCAUCGACGAGGGCAAGCCCAUGGCAGACGAUGUGGCCGCCACCUUUGCCGACCUAAAGCUCAGCACCUCGACGUUGGCGGGCAGCAUGCCGAUCCGGAUGGGCAGCUACAAGGGCUCGGUGGAUUAUGAGCUUGCCCCCGGCAGCCUGCGGUCAGCCAAAGAGAUCUUCCCAGCCUCGCUGGGUGACAAGGCAGCCCACAACUUCCUGUCUGAGGCGGUGGUGCGGUCCCUGCCCAAGGGGCUCACCGCCACCGAGCGCGAGCGGGUGCUGGCCUCCACGCCCCUCUCCCCAACCCUCAACCUGCUUGGAGCCAUGCCGCUGGUGCGCCUGCUGGACAAGGUGAACAGCCGUUCCAUGGAGGGAGCGCGGCUGCGCCGCCACGUGCUGCGCGGCGCCGUGCUCGUCUUCAUCACAGCCGGCUACUCCUCCAAGCGCUUCAUCUUCGAGCGGGCCAAGGAGCUGGGCGUGCGGUCUGUUGUGAUUGAUGGGCCCGACUCGUGGAGCAAGCACUUGGUGGAGGAGGGACAGAUCGAGAAGUUUGUGGGCCUGGACAUGUCGGAUGGGGACACCGUGUUUGACCGCUGCCUGGACGCCUGCCACAAGAUCAAGCGGGAGCUGGGAGACCUGGAUGGGGCUGUGGAUGCGGCGCGGGACAAGCACGCCACGCGGGCGCUGAUGGAGGAGGCGGGGCUGGCCACGCCUCGCAACAUGCUCAUCACCUCGGCAGACAUCCUGCCCAAGGCGGCGGACCAUGUGGGGUUCCCCGCCGUCAUCAAGCCCAUCCACGGCGCGGCCUCGCUGGGCGUGCUGCGGGUGGACAGCAAGGAGGCGUUGGCGGCGGCGUACGACAAGGUGUGCCACGAGCUGGCUGCCACCAUCAUCGAGAACGGCGUGGUGCGGCAAGCGACGCCAGAGGAGCUGGCACAGGCCAAGUCCAAGGGCCUGUCCGCCAACUGCCUGAUGGAGGAGUACCUGGAUGGGCCCGAGGUGGACGUGGACCUCGUGUUCUCGCAGGGCGAGCCCGUGUAUGGCGCAGUCACCGACAACUGGCCCACCUUGGAGCCUUACUUCAACGAGACCGGCUCCAACUCCCCCUCCAUCCUGCCCUCCUACCAGCAGCGGGAGCUGCUGGAGCUGGCGGUCAAGAGCUGCAAGGCGCUGGGGCUGCAGAUAGGCGUGUUCCAUGUUGAGGGCAAGUACACGAGCCGGGGGCCGCGCCUGAUCGAGGUCAACUGCCGCAUGGGUGGCGGUCCCGUGCGGACCAUGAACCUGCUGGCCUGGGGCGUGGACCUAGUGGAGGAGCAGCUGCUGGCCAGCGCAGGCAUCCCAUCGCGCCCCAACGUGGCCGCCCGCCCGCUGCGCAACAUUGCUGAGUACAGCGUGAAUGCGCUGCGCACGGGUCGCCUGCGCGACAUCGACUUCCUCAAGCCCUACCAGGGCCGCCCGGACGUGCUGUACGCCAACCCACUGGUGGAGGCAGGGGAGAAGGUGGUGUGCGUGGAGGAUGGGCUGCCCACCUGGAUCUGCGAGCUGAUGGUGAGCCGGGGCAACAUCCACGAGGCGAUCGAGUAUGUGAAGCAGAUUGAGCAGGAGAUCCAGAAGGCCAUGGUCAUUGAGUAA